AUGCAGUUGAAGCUACAUGAAUUACGUCUACGAAAGGAUGAUCCUGUAUUAGUCAUUGAAGACUCUUAUGAAAUAAUGGGUGAACAUAAACGAUCUUACUAUGCACUUAUCUCUCAAUGCAACCAAAACCAUCAUCAUUUUGUAUUUCAACCCGAAAACCUCGAGAACAACCAUCCCUGGAUGGAUGAAUUGAACGGUCUUCGAGAAACAGCUUAUUUCUGUAUGCGAAGUGUUAAAAAUGAAAUUUAUGAAGUGCAUUUGAAGCCUACAAAAGAGAAAACCUAUUUCUUUGGCUACAUCGUCAAGCAGGAUGUCUUUGAAAAGAACAUGAGGGAUUCGGUAGAAGAGUUACUUCAUUUCAGGAGGCUCCCGCUUGUGUUGGAUUUGGAUGAUACGUUGGUGCGAUUGGUGGGUGAAGGGAAUGAACGAUUUGUACCCGAGGCAGACCUGCCAAAAUGUAGAGAUCGCGUUGCUAGAUUAAAGGAUGGAAGAAGAAUCGUUCUGGCAGAAAGAGUACAAGAAUUCCUCGACUGGGCACAGAAUCUAUUCCAGAUAUCUGUUUGCUCCUUAGGUGACCAAGAAUAUGUAACUAAUGUGGUGGACGUUCUAGACCCUCUGAAAACCCGCAUCAAAGGUCCUAUAUACUCUGCUCGUCAUGAACACGAAUAUAUCAGAAAAUCAAUUGAUCCCUCCAGACCUCCAAAAGACUUGCGCGCACUUUUUACUUAUUGCAAUCUCACAGAUAACUCUUUUGGAAGCGGCACCAGCUUACCGUUAAUUUUGGAUGAUGAAACACGAAUGUGGCCCGCAGACCAACACGAUAAUAUCAUUGAAGUGAUUGGGCAGCCCAAUAGCUCAGUUUGGUCUGUUGCUUUAUUCCCAGUAGUCAAAGAUACCUUAGAACAUGUUCACCGGGAAUUCUUCCGACAAUAUGAUCAGUGGUGUUUACGGUCAAACGAGGCAAAAACGCGUGGACAGAUAUAUACAAGACCAGGGCCUAGUGCAGUGGUUAUGUAUAAAACUUAUUUGAGGCAUAUUUUACGGGAUAUGAUUGGAAAAAGUCCUGUAUAUAGAAAUGCUGCUCCAUAUGCGUAG